UUAAUGGGGUGUACAUUAAAAUAAUAUAGAGGGGAGUCGUUCCCAGUAGUAGUCCAGCGUCACGUACACUGCGCCACUGCGCAUGCGCUAGAAAAGCUAGACAGCUGAGUGGCUAUAGACAGGAGAAUAACAGCGAGACGUUUUCAAGCGAAUGUAUUUAGAUACCGAUUUUACACACGUAGAAAGAUCUUGUCCGGAAUAAAGAGCGGUGGAAGACGAUAACUGGCCGAUUAGACAUGGAAGGAGAUGACUGCAGUUUUCCUCUAGAUUCAUCAGAUGGCCAAUCGCAAAGAGGAAGCGUUGCUUCUUCCGCAACACUUAGCCGUGUUCAAGACGUGCUUGUAUACCUGUUCGGAGAGAGUGCUGUACACCUAAAUGUAGAGGGGCUAGGCAGCGUUACUGUGCAGGAGUUGGGCCGCACGGUUCGUGAGGCUCUCCAUAUUCCUGAGUCCGUACAGGAGGCUUUUGCCUUUUGGUUAUGUUCUCCACUGCUAGAAUUGCAGUUAAAAGUGAGACAUCAACCUUACAAACUGUGUCGGCAGUGGCAGGACCUGCUAUAUCGCUUCACUGAGGCUUCAGAGGACGACAUAUUGCAAGACGAACCCUGUCUCCAGUACAGACGAAAUGUGUUUUAUCCUAAAUCCAAAGAGCUGCAGAUAGAUGAAGAAGGAGUCCUGAAGCUUCUGUAUGAGGAGGCCAAGAACAACAUUCUGACGGGUCGAUACCCAUGUGAUCCUGAGCACUGGAUGGGUCUCGGAGCCUUGUCUUUUGCCCUUGAUGAGGGACCCAGUCUGGACAACCAACAAUUUAUCACAACUUUAAGAGAAAAGAAACUGUCUUCUUUUCUGCCUGCACAUGUGGCCAUGGGGAGUGGAGGUCUGCUCUCCACUCUGAGAGGGAAGUCAAGCCGUCAGGCAGGGCUGGAGCAGAACCUGUGGGAGGAGUACAAAAAGAUCAGCACAUCUGUUGGAAACCCUCCUGAUACCAUGCAGCUCCUACACCAGUACCUCAACACAUGUCACACUUUGCCUUAUUAUGGGUGUGCUUUCUUCUUUGGGGAGAUUGACAAACCAGUACAAGGUAUCCUCCAAAGGGCAAAACGCAAACCUGUGAACGUUGGGAUCUGCCUGGAGGGAGUUUAUGUUCUGGAUGCGAAAGAGAAACAUGUUUUGCUUGGCCUGCGUUUCAAUGAGCUCUCCUGGGACUACAGCUACCCCGAGGAGGAGGGGGACUCGCACAUUCUGUGGUUGGAGUUUGAUGGAGAGGAAGAUGGCACUCCUGUCAACAAGCUGCUAAAAAUCUACUCAAAACAAGCAGAGCUAAUGAGUGGAUUCAUCGAGUUCUGUGUGGAGCUCAAGUCCGUGGCGGAGGCAGCGGCUACAGCUGAGUUGGACGGUGAGGCGAGUCUGUCUUCUGGACCGGACGGCAGCAGCAAGAACGGACGCGGGGGACGACGCGGAAUGCUGCGCAGGCAAAGUAGCGUCGUGUGCAGUCGGGUCCAUUCACUAAACACUAUCAGCUACGUGGACAACGGAAAAGAAAUCAGGCGCUUGAAGCCGAAAAGAGCGGCAUCCUUCUUCACUCGACAGGCAUCCACACCCACAUACUCUGCUGUGCAAGUGGCCGAGAAUCUGGAGCAGGGUUAAACUCACCAAUGCGCCCUGUCCCGUUCAUCGCAAAGACCAAACGUGACCAUUUUCUACUGCCGUCAACAGAAUAGACUUUAUAGAAUCCUGAGAUAUUAAACAGAUAAUAUAUGAACACAAAAGGACCAAGUGAGGGAUCUAACUGUGAGUGAUAUUUGUCUUCUGAAGUUGUGUAUAUGGAGUACAUUUAAUGUGAACAACUAAAGGAUCUGUUGUUGGCUAAGCUUCCAUGGUUAAACUGAAGUGCUAUACAACAGCAUGGCCUUACAUAAAGAAAAAAAGGUUUGUCUGACUACCAUAUGAUGAACCUGGUUCAUAAAUCUGAGAUGAGCCUUAGAGAAAAUCCUCAGAUGAGGAGUGUAUGAUAUCUCAUGCAGCCUUAGAGUUUCUGCAGUGCUCUGGUGAGCGAUUCACUAUUAUUCAACAAUGCUAAACCUCAAGUACAAUCCCUGCUUUACCUCUUUUUACAUUACUUGGAGUUUAAACACAAAUACCUUUGCAUUAAACAUGAUAACACUCCUCCUCAGGACUGCAAGUGACCAUUGCAGUCAGCGUGACAAACACUUUUUAGGGGUGGUCUGAGGUCGUGUUCACACUAUUCUGCUUUUUGAAGCUGUGAGUGCCUUGUUCUCAUCAGAGGGGAAGCCACUUCAGAACAGCACUGGUAUUAAAGUGUGAUAUUACUGAUCUUAAAAGCUCCAUAUGGAAACACAUUGGCUGUGUUGUGGACAUUUCUUGUAAGUACAUGCAUUUAUGAGUCAGCUGGUUAAUGUGUAACGCUGUGGCACACGCUAAAAUUAAUUCUGUUGUCAUGAAUGUAAAAGUAGAAAUCAAUACAUCAAGUUAAAGCUUCAUCCUAAACUUUGCAUAUUAUAUGCCACUGAAUAGUCUUUUGUUCCUGUUAUGAGUGACACGACAUCCAUGUACAGGUCUGGACCUGACUUUAAAGCUAAACUGAUGCAAUAACAAACUUGUAACGUGUGACAUGAGAGACUAAAAUACAGAAGCUUCCUGUUUGACCUUCCUGUUUAACUGUUAUCAGCAAUACAUUAGAAAAAAGUUCUGCAGCUUAAAUUUCUUAACCUUGACAACCCAGUUCAGACUUUGACCUUAAUGCAAAUACAACCAUGAUUGGGAUUAGUUUAUUUGGAAUAAAGUUUUUAGUGCAUCUUAAAAGUUAUGGGUUUGACUGCAAAGUGUGCUCUGUGCAAAUGGCACCGUCCAACCAGCUGAGAAUUAUUGAUUAUGCUGUUGCUAUUUCAGUCUAUACGCCAAAGCAAAUCUGUCUGAUAUGCUUCAACACAGUAUGAUUGUACCUUAACACUCCAGACAGUCCUGCAGGUGUAUCUGGUUUUAAUUGUGAUGCAGUGCUUUGUCUUUGCUCACCUUGCUGUGAUGAACUGUUGUUGGAGGUCUACAUCUCUGUUACGCUGCCUUCCUCUUGAACUAAUGUCUUCAUUUGAGAUGUGACAUCCUGUGUUCUUCCUGAUCCUCCUCAGCAUGCAAACUACAGAAUGUUAGUAACACUACAAACUGCUUUAACUUGUCUGUCAGCUACGGUCUGUACUCUGACUGCAGCAGCCCAGUAUAUUGUUGCUCACUUACACUAUGCAUGUCAUACUGUAGAAUAGGCAUUCCAACAGACAUUGCAUCAUGUCAUACUGCACUAUCAAUACUAAUGCACUGUAUCCAUCUUUUAAAUCUGUAGAUUGUUACAUAUUGUUCACUUUUAUGAAAGACUAUUUCUACUUUCCUUUUUCAUAUACUCGACAGUGUUUGGACGUGGUAAUGAAGAAAUCCGAUUAAGCGUUAGGUUUUCAAGCAGUCACUUUACAGAAAGAUCAAGUGCCUUUUUGUUAGUACUGAGUUGACUGUAUUGGUGCUUGGAACCCAGGAUUUUUUUAAUAGUUGCUAUGGUCAGAAAGUUGAACUUUGUUUUUUGUAAUAUAUUUUACACAUUUCAACCUACCUAGCUGAUAUCAGUAUAUUAAUAUACUGGAUUAAUAUGUGAGGCGGCUCGCAGUGCAGUGGUCAGUCAGUUCUGCCUUCAUUGACAUAUGUCUGUCAUGUUUGUUUUAUUUUAUGAACUGAUACAAAGCGGCCCUGAUUUUCUUUGAUGUCUGUGAAUAACUGUGUUUACUACUUCACUAACUGUACUGAAGCCAUAAUUAUUUCACCAAACAUGUAAUCUGUUAUGAUUUGUUUUAAAUUUUAAUAUUUCACCAAAUGACUAUUGUAAAUCUACUCCCGGCCUAUCGUGUCAUUUUUCAAAUUGGUAAAAUUGUUAUAAUGUGGAACAAUGUGCGCUGCAAUAGUUUUAUUAUUACAGUAUGUGCAGGGAUGCAUGUGUUAUACAGUCUAGCGCUGUUGGUGCAUACAGUACAGUGCAGUGGUUGGUUGUGCCUGUGGAAAUGGUUUUAUACACACCAAAACUGUUACAGAAUUGUCUAUGAUGAGAGUUUGUCAGAUUUCAAUCAUUUGACCAAUAAACUAAAAUGUGUUUGCUUUGAAAGUAGAA